AAAUCCCUCCCCGUCCCGUGAAAUAAAAGCGGCGUUCCUUCUUUUGUUGUGUCAGUUGCUCCCUGCUUUCCUCCGAUCGGAUCGCGCAAGCCAAGGUCUACUCGCGCAGUUCGUUAAGAGAGAGACGCGCUCAGAGGGAGGAAAAGCAGGCCUCGUGGUACGCGUCCUUUUUUUAGAGAUUCCUCUUCCUCAGAUUUUGCGUGGAAUUGUCGAUUGAAGAGAGAUGUUUCUGUUAAUUAUGGUUAUAGACGAGGUGUUUAUGUUGAUAUUGCAACAACUUGUUAUAAAACGGUAGCCACUCCAGAAAAUGUCAGGUCGAAAGGAAACCGUUCUAGAUUUGGCAAAGUUUGUUGACAAGGGUGUGCAAGUCAAACUCACAGGUGGAAGACAAGUAACAGGUACUCUGAAAGGGUAUGACCAGCUUCUGAACCUUGUGCUAGAUGAAGCAAUAGAGUUUCUGAGAGAUCCGGAUGAUCCACUGAAGACAACAGAUCAAACGAGGCCUCUUGGUCUGAUUGUUUGUAGGGGAACUGCUGUAAUGCUAGUGUCCCCAACAGAUGGGACAGAUGAGAUUUCCAACCCCUUUGUUCAACCUGAUGGAGCUUAAAUCUUGUGGCCACAAUGAGUCCUUUUGAAUUCUCACUAAUGAGUUUGUCCAAGUAAUCGAUUAUAUGUGAUUGACUAAUCAACUUCUUCUCUUUUGUUCU